GGCUUUGCUUGUCUUUUGACGAAAAUUUCUCUAUCCCUUGAGGUGCACGAGCUCUUCUUGUCGGGUUUGCGAGUGUGCGGCUAUCUUCAGAGUGGCCUCUUCCUUGCCGUCGUGCCUAUCCUGCCACUUUCUGGCACCUGAGUGGCGUGUCGUCUUGAUCAGACGCAACACGCAAAUACUUUGUCGGCUUUCUUGGUUGCCCCUGUCCCCUCAACUUUGGACGCCCUUGUGGCUAGCACAUGACCUGCUAGCAUGGGUUGCGCCAACAGCCGUCCUGCUUCGCAGGAAGCAGAACCUUCGGUUAAUAAAUCCAUGUCGCAGUCGGCACCCUCCAUUACCAGCGCUCCAUUGCCUCCUGUGCCAGGGCAGGUGCCCCAAGAUGACGACCCCAAUCUUUUCAUUGCUCUUUAUGACUAUGAAGCCCGUACCGCAGAUGAUUUGACCUUCCAAAAAGGCGAAAAGCUCAAAAUUACAAACAACAGUGAUGGUGACUGGUGGCAGGCCACAAGCCUCAUCACCGGCAAGUCUGGCUACAUUCCUUCCAACUUUGUUGCUGCUGUGCAGAGCAUUGAGUCAGAAGAUUGGUACCACGGUCGCAUCAAGCGGGCGGAGGCCGAAAAGGUCCUUAUGCUCACGGGCGUCGAGGGCAGUUUCCUGAUUCGUGAGUCAGAGUCAAAGCCGGGCCAGUACGCCCUCUCCAUCCGCACCGGUGAUAUUGUCAAGCACUACUCGAUCCGCACCCUGGAUGAGGGUGGCUACUACAUUACUUCCCGCGUUACCUUCCGCACUUUGCAAGAGCUCGUAUCCCACUACCGCGAGAGCGCCGAUGGUCUGACCUGCAAGCUCCGUGAGCCCUGCCGGCCCAUCUCACAGCCCGAGACCGUUGGUCUUGACGUGCACACCAAGGAUCAGUGGGAGAUUCCUCGCAAGUCAAUCGAACUCAAGUCCAAGCUUGGCUCCGGCCAGUUUGGUGAUGUCUGGCGUGGCGUGUGGAACAAGACCACCGAGGUGGCUGUCAAAACUCUCAAGCCGGGAUCUAUGUCGGCUGAAGAGUUUCUCAAGGAGGCCGGUGUCAUGAAGCGGUUACGGCACCCCAAGCUAAUUCAGCUGUACGCCGUCUGUACGGACAAGGAGCCCAUUUACAUUGUCACCGAGCUGAUGAAGAACGGUAGUCUGCUGGACUACCUUCAUGACAAGGGGCGUGCCCUCAAUUUGCCUCAACUUGUGGACAUGGCCGCUCAGGUCGCCUCUGGUAUGGCCUAUCUUGAGGCCCAAAACUUUGUCCACCGUGAUUUGGCUGCCCGUAAUGUGUUGGUUGGCGACAACAAUACUUGCAAAGUUGGCGACUUCGGCCUUUCGCGUGUCCUUGGUCAAGAAAGCGAGUACACGGCCCGUGAGGGUGCCAAGUUCCCCAUCAAGUGGACGGCUCCUGAAGCUGCUCUGAUGAACCGCUUCAGCAUCAAGUCAGACGUCUGGGCCUUUGGCAUCCUUUUGACCGAGCUUGUCACUUACGGUCGCAUUCCUUACCCAGGCAUGACCAACGCCGAAGUUUUGCAACAGGUUGAGCGUGGUUACCGCAUGCCCGCACCCACCAACUGCCCCCCAGAGCUUUACAACAUCAUGCUCGAUUGCUGGAAGUUCAAGCCCGACGAGCGACCAACCUUUGAAACGCUCCAGUAUCGCCUCGAAGACUUCUUUGUGAACGAAGGCAGCAGCUACAACAAUCCCGACCAGAUGUAAACCACCAACUGUUGGUGUCAUUCAAACAUCUUUCACUGGUGCUGUGCUGUUCGACUUUCUAGUUUUGCCAUCUGCCCCUAUUCCAGCUUUCUAUUCCAGCUUUGCUUACAUUUUGGGUUUCAGCACUCUUUUACCAUGCCGCCUCCUUUUCUUUUUUGCUUUUCAUUGCGAGGACUUGCACCCGUCUGCCCUGCACAAACAAGCAUCAAUUUUUGGUGCCUCUCGUUGUCUGUUGCGUUUUCGGUGCUGCAAUCUAUUGUUUGAGUUUCUCUCGUUCCUUUGCUUCUUUGCUUCGUGCCUGGCUUUAAAUUUACUACCACCAC